AUGGCGGUAGCUGAGAAGCAGGAGCCGCCCCCCGAGCAGACCGCUCCCUCGGUCGAGGAGCCCAAGAAGCUGACGGAGGCAGAGAUGCCGUGGCACAAGCAAAUAUUCGUCUACUUCCGCCUGCUCUUCGCCGCCGACCCGACAUGGCUCGACGUCUUCCUCGUCAUCUUCGCCUCCCUCACCGCCAUCGCGGCGGGCGUGCCGUUUCCCCUCAUGGGCGUCCUUUUCGGCCAGCUCGUCGACAACAUGAACUCCGCCACCUGUGCCGCCGAGGACGGCGUCGACGCCUUCGCCUACGAGUCCGCCAUCAACGACAAGGUCAUCAAGACCGUCGCCGUCGGCUGCGCCGCCCUCAUCCUCAUCUACAGCUACAUUCUCACCUGGAGCAUCAUCAGCCAGCGCCUCGCCCAGCGCAUGCGCACAAAGUACGUGUCUUCGCUGCUCAAGCAGCCUCCGUCCUUCUUCGACAAGCGCGCCGCCGCCGGUGAGGUCUCGAGCAGGCUGCACGGCGACAUCACCGCCAUCCAGUCCGGCACCUCCGAGAAGGUCGGCAUCAUCCUGGCGUCGCUGAGCUUCUUCGUCACCGUCUUUGUCAUCGCCUUCACGAAGCAGCCCAAGCUCGCCGGCAUGUUGGUGUCCAUGUUCCCGGCUUUCCUGCUGUCGUCCUUCCUCGGAGGCAGCUACAUCACAAAGUACUCUGGGAUCAUGACCCAGGCCGCGGCCUCCGCGUCCUCGAUCGCGUCCGAGGCGCUCUCGCACGUGUCCGUUGUCCAGGCUUUCGGCGCCGGCCCGCGUCUCGAGGCCAAGUUCGCCGACCACAUGAUUGACGCCCGCAAGGCCGGUAUCAAGAAGGCCUCCGUCGCCGCCGUGCAGGCCGGUCUUCUCUACUUCAUCGCCUACGCCGGCAACGCCCUUGCUUUCUGGCAGGGUUCCAUCAAAAUCGCUGACUCCGUGGCUGGUCGCGGCAACGGUGCCACCGUUGGUGAGAUCUACGCCGUUGUCUAUCUUCUCGUUGAUGCCUGCAUUAUGCUUGGCUCCAUCGCCCCUAUCCUCCCCGUCCUCGGCGGAGCCGCAGCCGCGUACAAGCGUCUGAUGGAGGACAUUGAGGCUCCCUCGGAGAUCGACGGCACCUCGGACGAAGGCAAGAUCCUCCCCCUGAACGACCCCAAGGGCAUCACCCUGCAGAACGUCACCUUCGAGUACCCCUCGCGCCCCGGCCAGCCCGUCCUCCGCAACGUCAACCUCGACUUCCCCGCCGGCAAGUACACGGCCGUCGUCGGCCUCUCCGGCAGCGGAAAGUCCACCAUUGCGGCGCUCAUCGCCCGUCUCCAGGACCCCAACGAGGGCGCGAUCCUCCUCAACGGCACCGACAUCCGCGAGCUCAACGUCCGCAGCCUCCGCAGCUUCAUCAGCUUCGUCCAGCAGGAGCCUUCGCUUCUCGACCGCUCUAUCCUGGAGAACAUCGCCCUCGGUCUCAUCAACUCGCCCCAGGAGGCGCAUCAGCACCUCAAGCCCUUCCUGAACAGCCACCAGCUCGCCGAGAUCGCCUCCAAGGGCAAGGAUGCGCUCACUUCCAUCGACGGCUACGGACCCGAGGUCCGCGAGAUUGUGCAACUGGUCCGCCAGGCCGCAGAGCAGGCCGAUGCCGCUACCUUCAUCAACCGCCUCGACGACGGCUACGGCACCAUGGCCGGCCCCAGCGGUUCUCUCGUCUCUGGUGGCCAACGCCAGCGCAUCGCCCUCGCCCGUGCCUUGAUCCGUGACCCCAAGAUCCUCGUCCUCGACGAGGCCACCUCUGCCCUUGACUCUGCCAGUGAGAAGCGCAUCCAGCGCGCCGUCGAGCAGGCGGCCACCGAGAACCGCACCAUCGUCUCCAUCGCCCACCGUCUCUCCACCAUCCGCAACGCGGACAACAUCGUCGUCAUGGAAGCCGGCGAGAUCGUCGAGCAGGGCAGCUACACCGAGCUCAUGGCCCGCGAGGACGGCGCCUUCGCGCGCAUGGCUAGACUCCAGACCCUUGGUACGACUGACCGCGCCCCCAGCGCCGGUUCCGUUUCUGGUGACUCCCUGGACGCCUCCACCCUCAAGACCGACCACGUCAUCAACGAGAAGGUCGACGACGCCGACGAGCCCACCGAGAAGGCCGCCCUCAAGAAGGAGAAGAGCAGCAGCGAGGGUGAGGAGGAGAAGAAGGAGGACGACCCCGGCGUCGGCGAGCCUAAGCCCUACAGCGCCGUCAUCAAGGGCCUUGCCCACCUUGUCAAGCCCUCGUACGCCUGGUUGAUCGUCGCCAUGAUUGCCGCCACGAUCGUCGGAUGCACCUUCACCGGAUCUGGUCUCAUCUUCGGUUUCACCGUCGGUGCCCUCAACCCCUGUGCCAGCACCUACGAGCGCAUCCUGUCCAUGGGCCGCUUCUUCUCCGGUCUCCUCUUCGGCCUUGCCUGCAUCGAGUUCUUUGCCAACUUCUUCGCCUGGUCCUGCUUCGGUGUCGUUGCCGAGAAGCUCCUCUACUCCGUCCGAGUCCUGUCCUUCCGCUCUCUCAUGGACCAGGACGUUCAAUGGCACCAGUCUGAAGGCCGCAGCCCCUCUGGUCUCCUCACCAUCAUCACCAAGGACAGCGCCGCCAUCGGUGGCUUCUCCGGCUCGACCAUCGGUACAGUCUUCGCCAUCUGCGUGAACGUUCUCGUUGCCGUCAUCCUGUCCCACAUCAUCGCCUGGAAGAUUGCCAUUGUCUGCCUGGUCACGAUCCCCAUCCUCCUCGGCUCCGGCUUCAUGCAGCUGCGCAUGCUGGCCCGCUACGAGGAGCGCCACUCCGCCGCCUUCUCGACCGCUACCUCCGUUGCUACCGAGGCCGUCCAGUCCAUCAAGACCGUCGCCGCUCUUUCCCUCGAGAAGGAGGUCAUGAACUCCUACAACCGCCUUCUCCUCCCGCCCCAGAAGCAGAUGGUCCGCGCCUCCGCCACCACUAACAUCUUCCUGGCCAUCUCCAACGUCACUGGCACCUUCGUCAACGCGCUCGCCAACUGGUGGGGAUCCCAGCUCAUCAUGAAGGGCGAAUACACCCAGACCCAGUUCCUCAUCAUCCUCGUCGCCAUGCUCAUCAGCGCCCAGCUCUGGGGUACCAUGUUCGCCCUCGCCCCCGAGUUCUCCCGUGCCCGCAGCGCCAUCUCCCGCAUCAUGAACGUCAUCAACCUCGGCAAGAACGACGACCUCUCCAAGACCGGAUCCCAGCCCAAGCAGCUCAUCGGCGACCCCAACAUCCAGGCCGACCCCGAGGCCACCGGCGAGUCCAAGGCCAAGCUCCCGCGCCCCAACGCCGGUGGAGUCAAGGUCACCUUCAAGAACGUCUCCUUCUCCUACCCCUCGCGCCCGGAUGUCAAUAUCCUCGACAACGUCUCCCUCACCCUCCAGCCCGGCACCUUCUGCGGCCUCGUCGGCCCCUCCGGCGCCGGCAAGUCCACCAUCAUGAACCUCGUCCAGCGCCUCUACUUCCCGACCGCCGGCAGCGUCCUCAUCGACGGCCACGAUAUCGCCAACCUGCCCACCUCCUUCCGCGACACCGUCGCCAUCGUCCCGCAGGACCCGACCCUCUUCGACGGCAGCGUCCGCUUCAACGUCAACCUGGGCUCCGCGCCCGACACCGACGCCACGCAGGAGGAGAUCGAGGAGGCCUGCAAGCUCGCCAACAUCCACGACGUCAUCAUGGCCCUGCCCGACGGCUACGACACCGAGUGCGGACCCUCCGCGUCCCGUCUGUCCGGUGGUCAGAGGCAGCGCCUCGCCAUCGCGCGCGCGCUCGUCCGCAAGCCGCGUCUUCUCCUGCUCGACGAGUCCACCAGUGCGCUCGACGCCGCGUCCGAGGCGGCUCUCCAGGAGGGUCUCGAGCGCGCGUCGCGGGGCACGACGGUGCUGGCUAUUACGCACCGUCUGCACACCGUGCAGAAGGCCGACGUGAUCUUCCUCGUGGAGGGCGGCCAGAUCGUGGACAGCGGAAAGCACCAGGAGCUGAUGGACAGGAGGGAGAGCUACAGAAUCAACGCGAUGCAGCAGAUGUUGCAGUAG